AUGCUCGCCGCCGCGUUCGCGGUCGAGUUCGCGCACUGGGCGUGGGAGAGUUUCUCGAGGGUGUUCACGCGCGCGGACAGCUUGCUUCUGUCGCAGGGCGUGGCGUCGUGCGUCGCGGACGCGGCAGCGGCGGCGAUCGGCGGUCGAGGGCCGGCUUCGUGGCGGCGGUGGCUCCCGCCGCAUCUCGGGGGGGAGCCGCGCGCGUUCGUCACCGCGUGCGUGCUGUCCGCGGUCGCGGGCGUCUGCGUCGUCCCGGGGUUGCGAGGGUCGGACGUCCGCGACGACGACGACGACGACGACGACGACGACGACGACGACGACGCGAGGAGGAAAAACGCGCACGAGACGCGGUUCAAACGCCGCGCGCGGGGCGACGACGCCGCGAUCGUUCGCGCCGCCGCCGUCGCCGCGCUCGCGCCGUGGCUCGUCCUCGCCCUCGCCGGCGCGUUCGGGGGCGAAGACCCGCUGAUAUGGGUCACGUCGUUCGCGUGGAACGCGCGAGGCGCGCGUCCUCUCGCGGCGUACUGGCUCGCGGCGCUAUGCGUCGCGCUCCCUCUGUGCGAACGCCUGGCGUCCUCGCGCGCGCUGCCGGUGCUGUUCCUUCGCAAGGCGUACCACGUCCUCGUCGUCUUCAUGUUCGCCCCGUCGAUGGCGCCGCGGUUUGUCGCGAGGCGCACUCCGGGCGCGGAGUACGACCGCCCGGAGUGCGCCGCGUUUCUCGCCGUCGCGUUCGCGGGCGCGACGCUCGCGUUCGCCGCCGCAGAGGUGGCGCGAGCGACGCGCGUUACCGCGUUCGGCGUCGACGUCGGAGGGAUCCUCGACAGACACGCGCGCAGGUUCUUGGACGCGCGCGAUUCGGGAGGCGGGAAUGGGAUCGUGAUGUCGCACUUCACGUUGCUGUUGGGCUGCGCGGUGCCGCUGUGGCUGACGCGCGAGGCGUGGCGCGGGCGCGCGGACGGCGACGCGGGGAGCGGCGUCGCGCCGGACGCGUUCGCGCUGUCUCCGUUCGCGGGCAUCAUCACGUUAGGGUUAGGCGAUACCGUCGCGAGCGUGGUGGGGACGAUGGCGGGGAGGACGCGGAUAUGUCGCGGGUGUCGCAAGACGGUGGAGGGAACGAUGGCGGGCGCGUUGGCGAACGCGUUGGGGGCCGCGGCGGCGUGGCGGUGGGCGGCGGGGGGAGGCGCCGCCGCGCCGCGCGGAAGGAUACUCGUCGCGAGCGCCGGCGCGGCCGCGUUGGAGGCGACGACGGAGCAGCUCGAUAACGCGUUUUUGCCGCUGCAUUUCCUGACGCUGUCGCAGCUCGCCGCCGCGGGAGGGUGGUGA